AUGGUGCUGGAAACCCCACUACUGCGUGUAAGCCGGCCCGUCGCCGCCUGCUCGCGAUGCCGGGCGGCCAAAGUCAAGUGCGAUGGAAAGUUGCCCGCCUGCACCGCAUGUGAAAAGUCGAAUCGGGCCUCGGAAUGCUCAAGUACAAACGAUCAGUUUGCUAGAGGCAAGGAAAGGAGUUAUGUCGCUACCUUGGAGUCACGGGUUGAACGGUUGGAGAAGAAGAUCCAGGAGGCAAGAGCGAGGCGCAAGUCGUCCGGUGUCAACAUGUUAGACAUGUCGGAGAACUCAACCCCACGUAGAGCGUCGGUGGACACGCUUAAGCCAAGCAGACCCAUUAGCAAGCGAGCUGCACGUCGGAAGGAAGCCUCGGAGAUUGACGAUCUGGUAUCCGACUUUGGCCUAUUGGCCGUCAAUGCAACGGCCAGAGACUUUUAUGGCUUCACCACAGAGAUGUCGUACGCCCGACUGAUCAGGUCGGCGAGUACAAAGGAGCCACUACCCACAGGCUUGGUCAAGGCUUUGCCCCCAAAAUAUGCUGCCACGCCACUGAUCCAGCAUUACCUGAAUAACAUCUUUACCCUCUGGCCUGUUUUUGAGGAGGCAACCCUCUACUCCUCGGUGGAUGCCAUUUACCAACAAGGUGACACUGCAACCCCCUGGGAUCGCUGGAGCGUACGCAUGGUGUUGGCUAUUGCAUGUCUCUCACAGUCCGAUUCGAGGGGAGACACACAUUACUCGGAUGCUGUCGGCCACAUGAAUGCUGCAUUGGAAAAUGCUGAACAUGUACUCCAUCCAGGAUACGUCUCUAGUAUCCAAGCUCUCAUACUGUGGGCCAUCUACGCUACCAUGGACCCUCAUCACUUUGAUAGCUGGACACUUGUUGGUGCAGCUUCAAGGGCGAUGGUUGACCUGGGUAUCCACCAAGAUCCUUCCAAGAAUGUGGCUGUUCCGCGUGCCAAGCUGGAAAUCAGGCGGAGAGUAUAUUGGUGUUUAUACUCACUAGACAGGUCAACAUCCCUCGUCCAGACUCGUGCGUUUUCCUUCUCAGACGAGGCAGCAAACGUUGCUUUCCCAUUCAACAGCGGGCCCGUCACUUCUCCAAACUAUUCUUCACCCCAGCAGGUUUUCCAACAAUCUUUUGAUACCGCAGUUGACCUAUUCAAAAUCCGCGAGAUCCAAUCUGAAUGGUACAUGGAUCUGUUCCAGUCCGGACGUGAACCCUGGCAAGAGCCGUACCAAUACAUCUGGAAGCAGUACGCAAGGAUGUCCGAAUGGUUCCAAGACAUGCCACAAAGCACACUCCCGUCUGUCAGAGCCUUUUUCGAGCUCGAGUUGUUAUACAGCUAUGUGUACAUUCUAUCACCAAGCCCACGAAUACCCCACAUUCACGAAUACGCGCAACGUCUCAUCUUCGAACACUGCAUCGCAUAUGCCGCCAACUUGCUGGAAAUCUUGGAGAAGCCCUCCAACACGGUCAAACCACCAGUAACCUUCUACGACGCAAUGCGCGCAUACAUGACCGGCCGCCAAUUCGUCGACGUCCUAUCCCGCAACAUGGACCUCAUCCUCGACCCCCGACCUCCCAUACCACCCACUCCUCUAACCGCCGCGGUAGAAUCCGAAGAUCCCCUCGCUCCUCCCACACAAAUCAGCCCACCCCCCUUCCCCUCCCCACCCAUCGAAGACGGCCAAAUGCUGCCUCUAGACCCCACCAGGCGCGCCAUCAACGCGCUAAACGACUACACAACCGUCCUCUCAAAAUUCGGCCUCCGCUUCGGCUUCACACACUGGCGCGACCGUUUCCAACGCGAAUCCUCAUCCCUCUCCGCUCAACUACACCAGCGCUGCCAAAUAUCCCCUCACACCUCGCCACCCCCACAACAAGGUCCCAAUUCAACAUACUCCUCCCCCCAAUGGGUCCUUCAAAUGCCUCCUCCAGCCAUCUCCCCACAAGCUCCUCAUCUAAUGUACCAACCCACCACUCCACCCUCGUUAUUCCAACCUCAAUCUAGCCCCUUUGCGGCAUCCAUGUCGUACGAUACUAGCCCUGGUCGGCAAACCACUAAUUGGGCGACACCCAGUCCACAGCCGCAGCCAUUGCCAGAGUUACCGCAGCCGAGUGGUGGACAGACGAGACGCGCGUUGGUGUAUGGACCGGGUUUGCCGUCGGCGAGGGGGCAUAGUCCUGCGGGUUCGAUGGUGGAUGGAGGGGGCUGGGGGGACCAGCAACAGCAACAAGGGCAGAGUCAGGGUCAGGAUGCGAAUGGAAAUGGAAACGGGUAUUUUCAGAUGCCGAGUUUACAGCACCAGCAUAGUGAUGGUGGAGGGUGGGGAAAUCAGGGCGGUGGCGGGACAGGGCAGAAUGGUUGGGGUUGA